UACAUUAGUGGCCCAGACAAAAACAUUUAUUUUUAGGGACGUUUUCUAUAUAAAAGAAGAUCGAAAUCAAUCUGAUGCUGCUCAAAUAGAUUAUGAGACUUUAUGUUAUAUUUUGUAUUUAAUGUAUGUAUUUAAUCAUUGCUCUCUCAAUUUAACCCCUACCCCUUUAUGUUUUUACAGCAUGUCCUCGCACUGUAAGAUCUACUCUUUGAUAAGCUGCCUGUUACUCCUGUCAAGCAUGUUUCCAGUGGUCCAGUCACGUCGAGGUGGGGGGUUUGGGCGUGGUGGGGGUGGCGGGGCUGCCAGACGUGGCACAUGGGGUGGUGAAAGCGCCGGCCGUGUAGGCUGGGGAGCAGGAGGUGGCCAUCCCCAUCAAGUCCCACCUGUCCAUACUGGUGGCUCAUCUGGACACGGUACAGGAAGAGUAGUGGGGGCAGCUGCGGCUGGAGCAUUGGGGGGCAUGCUGAUCGGACAUGGCCUCAGCUCCAUGGGCCAGCCUGGGUACGGGCACGGUUACGGGCACGGAGGCUAUGGAGGGUAUGGACAUGGAUAUGGAUAUGGGCACGGCCACCCUAGACAUGGAGCGCAUGGUGGUGGGCAUUCGGAAAAUUACAAUGAGACAGACAUGGAUUAUUAUACGGGUGCUGCCAGUUCUGGACCCAUUUAUAGCUGUGUAAUGGUCUGUGGAGCUGUGAUGUCAUUCUUACUUGGCCACUUUCUGUCAUAGAGGCACUUUACUGUGGGUCUUGCUAACUGGGGAAAUUUCUGGCACCUGCUAACUGAAAAAAGAUUUGGGGUAUCUAAAUGAAUUUGUCCAACAGAUGCAAUAUUGAAACAUGCUAUUUGAAUGCAAUAAGAUAUUUCAUAACUCUCGAGGUGUCAGUGUUAACCAAAGUUUUUUUUUUACUCAGAAGCAAGUUAUGAUGAGCACAUGCCUGAAACAAAAGCCUGUACAUUUUAUUAUAUUUUAGCAUCAGAAGUUUUUUAAUUGUUAAUUUUUCAUAAUGAUGUAUGCACCCUGAAUAGCUACCAUUUCCUGUGUAUUUAAGCAAAUGUAUUUGUAAGUUCAUAGACUGUUUUCUUCUAAAACUGUUUCACCUCCUCAAUGUUUUAAUCUGUUUUCGUUCCUGCCAUUUACGCAAGCAAACAUUCAAAAUAAAACAAGGCUUACGGUAAAUCACAUUAAACUAUUAGAAGCUUGACAAAGCGAUUCGAGCUGAGAACAAAUCUUGUUAAAGAUCUCGGCCGCUGUCUAUCUCACUUCCCCCAGCAUCUUAUUCUCUUAAACCAAUAAGAUUUCAUUACGCUUUCCUGUACCACAUCCUUAGGUUUCUAUCAGUAUGCAUGUUUAUUU